CCAGUGGUAACGCAGAGCUGUGUUACCACUCUCCAAUGGGGAAACCGAGAAGACGGGUGCUGCUCUCGAACACAGGGCGGGAGAAGAUGGCGGUGCGGCGGCGUCUGCAGGAGCUGUUCCAGGACCCACAGCUCGGCGGCGUCAUCACCGUGGAGCGGCCGCUGCCACCGCCGCCCCCCGCAGCCGCGCGGGUCCAGCAGCCGCCGCCGGCCGCGGGCUCGGUGGGGGCGCCGCGGCGGCUGCGGCCGGAGGAGUGGGCCGUGUUCCAGUGCCGCGGCUGCCGGGCGGUGCUGGGGGACUCGCUGCACCUGUGCGCGCAGGAGGAGCGGCGCCUCGGGCUCCUCGCCUGCCUCAAAGUCACGAAUGACGUUGUUUGGGAAGAGUCGCUAAUGAUCGGCCUUGAAGGAGCCCUCCUAGGGUGCACUUUCAAUGCAUUAUUCUGUCGUUCAUGUGGCUUGAUUGUGGGCUUCAUUCUAUAUUCUACUUUCAGUGAUCUGGCUUAUCUCCGAGGCUUCUUCUGUUUCUUCAAGGACAGCAUCCUUUGUUAUCUCUUAAAAAAUAAAAUGAUAAUAGAAGCCUCUAAGGUAAAAUUUCCUGCUUUGAGCCUAAAGGAAGAACUCGGAAAACUAAAAGAAAAGCUUGUGACGGUCCACAUGCGCCUAGAAUUGCUGAUGAAGAAGAUGGAGGAAUUGAACCAAAAGAAUAAUGUGGCAGAAAAGCAAAGCACUGCAUCAGAUGCAGCUGGCCUCAUGCCACGAUAUGCAAUAGUCAAGAUGAACAAAUAAUAUGCCAUUUUAAAGAACUACUGGAAUUGUUUCUGCAUCUCUGCAGGGUUUGUUCAUUAUGAGGAAAUAAUGCACCAGAAUAUGUCAGAGACUUAAUCUGUCACUUUAUCUAUGUAUAGAAAGAACUUAUGCUAAAGCGCACCUCUUCAAACUAGGGGGAAUACCUGAAAAUCUUAACAUCCUGAAGCUACGCUGUGAAAAACAAAUAGCUCACCCUUACAGCACAGUACUCUCUGAAGCAGUAGAACCACUGCUGUGGUUCUCCCUAAAAACUUUAGGGGAAAAAAGCAGACUUUAAAAAGUUGAACUCAGGUUUUAGGGACUAUAUAAAACAUACCAAUAAGGUGAUAUACAAGAGGAACCAUUAUAAAUGAAACCUUCUUACAGAGAUCUAGAAUAUUUUGUCUUAUCUUUUCAUAUGGAUACAAUGUUUAUGGCAGCUAGCUGUUGGUCAAGUGGCUUGUUAGCCACAUCAGGUAUGAGAAGCACUGCUAAAUGGUGUCCUGGUAGUUCUUUUAAACUUACUUCUGUGCAUGGCCUGCAAAAGGGGCCAGCUAGCAUGUCAUAGAGGCUGCACAGCACGCUUGAUGCAUGGGCAUGGAAGGCACAUUGCUACCUGGAGCACAAGAUUUCGCACUAUAAGUUCAAGCACAGUGCAAGUGCCUGCCAAGUCCUCUGGAAGAGCAGCUUCGUGGCUGCACUGGGCUGGGUCGGUUUCUGUCUGCUCUGUUGGCCUCAGACCGUGGGCAACUGCCUUUAAUAGAUUUGAGCCCAUCUCUCUGAGGUUGAAACCAUGAAACUAAGGAAAGCUCUUUUCACCUCUCUUCCCUUCUGCUCACUCAUGGCUCUGCUGAAGCUGUGAUAGUCUACCUGCUGCCUUCCCUUGGCCAGUCAAGCUGUUUCACAAAACAUAGCGAAAGGGUCCUCAUUAGCAUUUCUGUUAGUUUUGCAUAGGUUCUGCUCCUCUCCAAACAUUUAGAAACUCUUUUGAUGGAGAGGAAAGAAUGCUACUUAACCCUUGUUAUUGGGACAGAACAUCUUAGUCCUUAAUUCUCAGUAGUUGGAAGAUUAAGGGUCCUUUUCCUCUCCCUCCUGCUGCCUAAAAGUUUGAUGUUUUAAAGCUUCCAUUAAGCUUAGUAAUUGCCCGUAAUAGUCUAGAGAGGAAUGUAUUUACUUGAUUGACUUAAUUCUGGUGAUGUGAUUUGCCCUCCCCUGCUUCCACACUAUACUCUGUGUAUCAUGGUCUUAGUUGUUUUGAUCUAUUUGUAAAAUAACUCUUAUAAUUGAUUGGAGGGGAGGGGAUGAAACUCACUGCAAGGCACCCUAGGGGUUUAGAUGGGCAGCUGGUACUUAUUCUGCUACUUAUGUACAGUGUACUGCUUUUUGGUUAACACUUCUGGAUGCUCUCGAAGUUUGUUCUGAUUGAGCUAUAGCAUAGAAUAUCAACAGCUGUUCUGCUGCAAGAGGAGCAGGUCUCCUUCAGUUAAAUUAUGGUACUAUAUGCUACCGGAAUGACUAUUAUUGCUAGUUCUAGAUCUUUGAAAGGCAUGAGUGCAGAAAUGCAGUGCUUUUCAAUGACUGCUAAAUUCAAGAUAUCAAAAGUAACUACUUGAAAUAACAUCUUGCAGGAGCAUAAUGUUUUCAUUCUCUGUAAUGAUAAAUGUUAUCCUCUCUAAAAAGAGCUCUAGCACCCAUAUCCAGGGAGCUGUUCUUUUUAGAGUUGUCAUUGUAUAUUCGUGUAAGGUUGUAAUUGCUGUAUUUGAUUACUUCAUUAUUAAGAACAAGGAUUUUUUUAUAAAGUGUUCUAAGUGACUUCUGCACCAUGUUUAAGGGCCUGUUGGUCUUUAAGUGGGGUCUUGUGACAAAACUCAUUUUGUAUGAACAUCCACCCAUCUCAGGUGAACGUUUUCAGUUGUAUAACUUCACUUUUUGUCUUAAUUUCUACGUGAUGGCCCUUUUGUUGUUGCAUCAGUCUUGGUUGAUUGAUUGAUGGGACUAUUGAAAGAAACAUGACUGAUAAUGGGACUAUUUACUUUUGCCCUUUCAUUUUGGUUUCUGCAUUGAUUUUGCUUCUUACUAUAUACUUUACAUCUACUCUGUGUAAUGUAAAUAGUGGUAGUGUCUUGCUUCAUGUUUAAUAUUCUGGAUGCAGGAAUCGUAUUCACUGAAUUUAGCUAAGCAUCCCUAAGUGGAAAAAGAAGCUGUCAGUUAUAUUUGUUAUGAUUUUUACCUUUACAGUUGUAAAGAAGAAACUUUCUUUAAUUAAAAAAAACCCCUGAAAUUCAGAAAUACAUGUUAUACAGAUCACAUGUACUAUCAUGUGAGUCUUGAGUUGACUUCUUUUACUUAGGUUAUGUUUGCAGCAAAGACCAUCAAUUUAUCUUGUACAUGCAGAUCCUGGCUUAUUAUGAAGCACUGCAUUAAUGCAAUGCAUUCCUUGCAUUACUUUGCCUGCUUAGCAUAAGCAACUGUCCAUGAUUUUAAGCAGUAAGUAUGUGCUAAAUAAUAGUUGGUAAACUUUCUCAGGCUAAUAUUAAAGUACAUUUCACUAACCUUUGGAACUGGAAA